UAUAACAGUUUUGCCUUUCAAGUAGUAUACAUUUGUUUACCUCAUUCAAGUUCAAAUAAUGUGGUAAAAAUAUUUAGUGUUUUUAGAAGUCAUUCACUAUAAAGGAACGUAAAAUGGCACUAAAUCGAAAGGGAAAAGCUGCUCAAAAUGGAAAAUCCUCAAAAACCAUCCGCAACGUUCUUGUUCAGCCCUUCAAAGUUGAAUGGCCUUGUGUUGAUUCCGAAGAUGCAAUAAAAGUUAUCGAAAUGCUCAACGAUCUUUCCAGUUCCCAAAUUGUUGCUGGCACUAAUCCCGUAUCACAUUUACUAAGUCAAGGUCAAGCAUGUGCAUUGUUCAUUACUUCCGAUUUCCAUCCGCAAAUCCUUGGAAAGCAGAUUAUUCAAAUGGCACGACGACACUCUCCGCAUAUACAAAUCAUUGCACCUGAAUGUCUCAAAUAUGGUGGACAGUUGGCGAAGCUGGUUGCCAUCCGCAACAUAUCGAAUGGAGAACCGAAAGUAAUCAAACUAUUGACUUAUAUUACUGAUAUUAUCAAAUCGAAAGGAUACGACAAAGAGCAGUGUGAAUUGACCAGCGGCACAAGUAAAAAGUCACAUGAGGAUCCCAAGACAAGAAGCACGUCUCCAGUGGCAUUAUCACGUUUACACUUGCCACGUCCUGGUGAAGGUGUUCGUGCAUUCAUUCCGGAGGUUUCAGCGAUUGUUAACGAACAAACCACGAACUCGAAACAAGAUUGGGGCGAGUAUAUCGCUCUAAAGCGGAGAAGAUCUGAAGCUAAAAAUGAUACGGAAAAUAAGAAGAAAUCAAAACCUGCUGCAACACAAAAAACAUCGUAUAUUUCUUUGACUGUUAAUCGUAUUCAAGGGAAUCCUAACAGAAAGAAAGAUAGGAAGAAUAAAUAAUUAUAUUCAAUAAAACAGAUUCAAAAC